AUGCACUUCGUCCUCGCGAUCUUCAACACAACUGAAGUCGAUCCGCGAAACUUUGAUCUCCGGGAGCUCCUCUCGGACGACGAAGAAGGCAACUCAUCGGACUCGGCACGCAAGUUCAGGGAGAAUUCUAUUCACAUUGUGACGGCAUUCAGAUUCUCGACAGCUACACGCACUGCCACGUUCUGGAUGCGCCAAGAUGUACUUGAUGAGUUUACGAGCACAGAUUCUUGGCAAGUUUGCAUCUGCCGUACGGACAGCUGGGAAGAAGUCAGUAGUCGGCUGUCUGCAUGUGAGAGCAUGAGCCGUAUAGGCACCUGGGAGCGCGAGUAG